GAAAUAUUGAAAUUUUAAAUGAGAUUUUGUUUUGAUACUCAAUGUCUGCGUUCUACAAAACAGCACGAUGGAGUAUUAACCAUUGUUCAAGUUUGUUCUGCUGAUACAUACGACGUCCAAACAAAACGUUCUACCUGUAAAGCUCAGUUAUGAAUUUCAAAUGUUUGUUAAAUUUGUGGAAACACCUGCUGAGUAUUUUUCACUGUAUAACUUUAGGCGACGGUGUGCAAGGGGUAUAACACGGUGCUGUUAAUGCUUAACGCCGUGCUGUUAGGAGCAACACGCUAAAAACACUGUAAAAUUCAGUCAGCUGUUCGAGAUGAAUAUUAGAUGUUCUAACUGAAUUUCAAUUGCUAAGCCCAUGGAUACGGCGGAACAGGAACUGGACGUGGUGCCACCGGCGGUGCUGAGCCUGAGCAAUUGCCCGGGAACCACGCCCGGCAAGCCGCAGAGCAAGAACCAGCUGAAAAAGCAGCGCAAACUGGCAGAGUUCGCAGACCUCCGGAAGCUGCGGCGAGAACGUGAGCGGGAGAAAAAAAAGCAGAAGCGUCGGGAGGCCAAGGAGCAGGGCCUGCCCGUCCGGGUAGGUCCUUCCCGCAAGGAGCUCAAGAAGCGCCAAGCAGCCGAAGGUCAGCCUGGACUCUGCGUUGCCAUCGACCUGGACUACGACGACCUGAUGCAGGAGCGGGACAUCUCCAAGUGCGUCAAGCAGUGUCUCCGGAUUUAUACUAUUAAUCGCCGCAGUGCGCAGCCAGGCAAGUUGCACUUCACGGGCAUACGUCGCGACGGACACAUCCACAGUUCGUUCAAGAAAAACGAUGGCUGGGAGAACUGGCACGUGGAGUACCACUUCGAUCGCAGACACACCGAUGUCUUCGACACCAGCAAACUAGUAUAUCUCACCUGCGAGUCAGAUCAAGUCCUCGACAAGCUGCAGUCCGACUGCACAUACGUCAUCGGCGGACUAGUGGACCACAAUCACUUCAAGGGCCUGUGCCAUUCGAGGGCGACGGAGGCGGGCCUGGCCACUGCCCGCCUGCCGCUCAGCGAGCACGUCGACAUGAAGACGAGGGCCGUGCUUAGUACAUACCACGUCUUCGAGUUGCUGAUUAAGGUGGCUGCUGGCCAGGAUUGGACCUCGGCUAUUCUGGACACGAUUCCCUUGCGAAAGGGAGCGAAGGCGAAAACCACCAACGGCAAGGAGGUGCCGGAGGAACAGGCUCUGGACCAGGAACAAAAGCUGGAGCAGACGGAGGAAAGGCCGGAAGAUGAGCUGAAGAACACAUCCAUAGCCGCCAUCGAACCAGAAACAAAAUUAGACUCUUUUGACAGUUGACAACAGUCAAGAUC